AUGAUUAUGCAUAGGCCGGUUUGGGACGAUUGGGAAUUCGCCGAAGAGGAGCCGAUUCCUAGGGUUGUUUUCAGUAAACCUCCUUCUCUCCAAGAGGCGAAGGAAGCAACCGAAAAUCUGAAAGAAGCAAUCAAUACGUCGACGAAGUCGAAGAUCUCGAUUUCCCACUCGAUCUAUUCGAAACCGUGA